UCAUUUAAACAAACUCCCAGAUACCAUUUCAUUUCUGAAACACAAGAGGCCUUGAUAGAGCUUCAGUGGAGAGUUCUUCACUUGUGCUUCAUUAGUCAACAUGUAUCUUAUAAGAAGGCAGCCACAUACUCAGCAGGAGAAUGACCCUUCAGAACGAGAUGCAAAGGUUUGUGAGCUCAGGGCUGCUCUUGGACCUCUAUCUGGUCGUAGUUUACAGUUCUGCACUGAUUCAUGCUUGAGAAGGUAUUUGGAAGCUCGGAACUGGAAUGUUGACAAGGCAAAGAAAAUGCUGGAAGAGACGAUUAAGUGGAGAGCAACUUUCAAGCCUGAAGAAAUCCGCUGGCAUGAAGUAGCACAUGAAGGCGUGACAGGGAAAAUCUCCAGAGCAAAUUUUCAUGAUCGAUCCGGCAGGACUGUGCUUAUAAUGAGGCCAGGGAUGCAGACCACAAAAUGUACUGAAGACAAUGUCCGCUAUAUGGUCUAUCUUUUAGAAAAUGGAAUCCUUAACCUUGCUGAUGGUCAAGAACAAAUGUCAUGGUUGAUAGACUUCACUGGAUGGUCCUUGAGCACCAAUAUUCCCAUGAAAACUAGCCGUGAUUGCAUCAAUGUUUUGCAAAACCAUUAUCCCCAAAGGCUGGCCAUUGCAUUUCUUUAUAAUCCUCCAAGAAUUUUCGAGGCGUUCUGGAAGGCUGUCAGGUACUUCUUGGAUCCAAUAACAUUCAAGAAGGUGAAGUUUGCUUACCCAAAAAAGAAAGAAAGUUCGGAGCUCAUGCAGUCUUACUUUGAUAUUGAAAAUCUUCCAAGUGAAUUUGGGGGGAAAGCCUCACUCGAGUAUGACCAUGAGGAGUUCUCACGGUUGAUGGUCGAGGAUGACGAAAGAACUGCCAAGUUCUGGGGAUCUGAUGAAAAGUCGAGAGACAAUAUUGCUGAUGACCAUUUAGCUCAGAUGGCACCAGUGCCAGCGCCUCUUGCAAUAACAGCUAGCUAAUCUGGGCUGCCUGAUGCUCAAUCCGGUAUGCUAGCAACUGAAGAUAAGAAAAGUGUUGCUUGGACUAUAUCUAAAAAAAGGAACCGGAAACCACAUGGGUAAAUUAAUAAACAUAAUCGGUUAUAAACUCAUGUUUAGUGCUAAAUAUCAUCUGAUGUAUGAAAAGAAACUAUUGUUAAAUAGUUUCCAUUCUAUUAACUUCAAUCUUUUUUUAUGAGCAAUUAAUUACUUCUACC